GUUUUGAGCAAGUGGACCGAUUGCUUGAUUGAGUUGACAAGUACUCCAGGUCCCAAGGUAGGUACAUGGAUGUGUAUGCUUGAUUACCGCAAAGAUACGAGUCCAAAUACUUGACAACGCUUGAAUUCUUGGGUGAUAUUGUGUGCGCUGCAGAGCCUCCUAGUCUGGUAUUGCAUUGCUCAAAAUCGCAGCCACCAACAAACCGAGAGCCCCUGUGCCAAACGAGCAGCACCUCAGGGGCUAUGCUGGAUUCUGUGUGUAGUUUCUAACAGAGCUUGCAUCCUUGACGAGAUUGUCCCAUUGCCUAUAUAAACUACCAUAGAACUACCCUAGAUUGCUGCUCUAAACAGGCCGAAUUCGAUGCAAGUCGGGCCAAUCUUAUACUCCAUCUCUCUUCGGGGUAGACGCGAGCCAAGCAAGAAUGAUUACUUCAAGUUUCUUCGUCGCUUCUAUGAGCCCAUGAACCUCGUCUACGCUCUUGGCAAGACCAGGGGCGAACACACCAGAACCUCUCAGGACGAUGGGACAGACCAGUUCAAGCGGCGGCAGUCCCUCAAUGACCUGGCUUACAUCUGCGACUUUUGGAAGGGCGGAGACACCACGACUGCCAUCGCUGUCGAGGAUUGCGCCGACCAAUACAUAUUUUGGUUUGCUCUCAACGCCACAGGGGCCGUCGCUGACCGUGUCGAGAGGUUUCUCGGCACGAGUCUGAGUAUCAUCCAACAAAGUCUUGUGCAUGAGACGGAUGCUGCCAGAGAGCAGUCGAUUCAAAGACUCACCGCUCAUUGUAUGCAAGCGGCGAAUGAUCGGGUCAGCACCGAACUCCGUUAUCUUAGGCGCAACAUCAAAUUAUGCACACCUAGGCUUCAGGGCGGAACUGAACAAGAUCAACGUCUUUUGGAUUGGAUGCUCGUCUUUCAAGAUGCCGAGCUAGACAACAUGGGAGUAUGCUCCCUCGCAUACAGCCACAGACAUGACCAUAACAUGGCAGUUCUGAGAGCAAAAGGACUACAGGAUAGGCCCAACGCCAACAUUACAGACGACUCCAUGUCCCCCUACUCUGGCGUCCAGCACUACAUUGGACGGCUGGCCGACCACAUACGGCGCCCGAAGCGGCUGGUCCAGCACGCGGCCUGCCUCCAGGAGAUCUGGGACAAUCCUUUUACGAUCCGCCAGGCGCCAGCCAUCCCCGGGGUCCUGGUGCCGGCACCAGACGCGGACACGACGCUCGACAAGAUCGCCAAGCGGAUGCUGCCGACCGACGACCGCAGGCUGGGCGAGUACCAAGCCGCCCUCCAGGAGCUCGACAUGCGCCACGCGGUGCUCGGGCGGAUGGCGAGGCAGUACAACGGCAGGCCCCGCCGCGUGCACGCCGAGAUCCUGGUGCUGGAGCACUUUUGGGCCGCGCGCCGGCUCUUCGCCCUCGGCGAGCGCUUCAUCGGCUGCAGCAAGCCCGCCUGCUACUGCUGCCGGCGGUACAUCGAGGGCCACCCCAUCGGCUGCUUCGUCCCGGACUCGCACGAGAACAUCUACCCCGGCUGGAGCCCGCCGCUGCUCGGCGCAGACGACCCGGGGUUCGUCGACAAGCGGAGGGUCCUGCAGGGCGUCAUCGACGCGCUUCGCGCUUCCGCCCUGGAGCAGAUCUCGCAGCUGAGUGGGCGCGCCGCGCGCUGCCACCCGGAUUCUGUCACGGGCAUCACCAGAUCCGUGGCUGGUGGGGGAAGUGUUGCCGGUGGCGGACGCACGCAUUUUGUUUCCGUGGGGGCCCUCCAGCCUCCCACUGCUGCUGGGUUGGCUGGUGCAGCUUCGCCGAUGCUGGCCUUCUCUGAAGAUGACACGGAGCCCGACUCUGACGCCUUUGCCAGGCUUGACCUCUCAUCUUUGCCGGACAGCAGCAGCCUCGGGUCUCCGGCGACCAGCAUCUCGUCUGCUCCUUCUUCUCCAAGCUUGUAUGAGCUUGAGGGGGAGUCUGACGACGACUCCGACAACGGGGGAGGCGUGUUGCUCUAUGGGCCUGGAUCCCGACACUAA